AUGGCCUGCUGCUCCACUAGCUUCUGUGGAUUUCCCACCUGCUCCACCGGCGGGAACUGUGGCUCCAGCUGCUGCCAGCCCAGCUCCUGCCAGCCCAGCUGUUGCCAGCCCAGCUGCUGCCAGCCCAGCUCCUGCCAGAGUAGCUGCUGCCAGCCCAGCUCCUGCCAGCCCAGCUGCUGCCAGCCCAGCUGUUGCGGGACCAGCUGUGGCACUGCUGGUGGCCAGGAGGGUGGCUGCGGAGGCGUGAGCUGCCGCGUCAGGUGGUGCCGCCCCGACUGCCGCGUGGAGGACACCUGCCUGCCCCCCUGCUGUGUGGUGAGCUGCACUCCCCCCACCUGCUGCCAGCUGCACCACGCCCAGGCCUCCUGCUGCCGCCCAUCCUACUGCGGCCAGUCCUGCUGCCGCCCUGCCUGCUGCUCCUACUGCUGCCAGCCCAGCUGCUGCCAGCCCACCUGCUGUGAGCCCACCUGCUGCCACUUCUGUGGAUUUCCCACCUGCUCCACCGGCGGGAACUGUGGCUCCAGCUGCUGCCAGCCCAGCUCCUGCCAGCCCAGCUGCUGCCAGCCCAGCUGCUGCCAGACUAGCUGCUGCCAGCCCAGCUGCUGCCAGCCCAGCUGUUGCCAGACUAGCUGCUGCCAGCCCAGCUCCUGCCAGCCCAGCUGCUGCCAGCCCAGCUGUUGCGGGACCACCUGCUGCUCCACUAGCUUCUGUGGAUUUCCCACCUGCUCCACCGGCGGGAACUGUGGCUCCAGCUGCUGCCAGCCCAGCUCCUGCCAGCCCAGCUGUUGCCAGCCCAGCUGCUGCCAGCCCAGCUGCUGCCAGACUAGCUGCUGCCAGCCCAGCUCCUGCCAGCCCAGCUGCUGCCAGCCCAGCUGCUGUGGCUCCAGCUGCUGCCAGCCCAGCUGCUGCCAGCCCAGCUGUUGCCAGCCCAGCUGCUGCCAGCCCAGCUGUUGCCAGACUAGCUGCUGCCAGCCCAGCUCCUGCCAGCCCAGCUGCUGCCAGCCCAGCUGUUGCGGGACCAGCUGUGGCACUGCUGGUGGCCAGGAGGGUGGCUGCGGAGGCGUGAGCUGCCGCGUCAGGUGGUGCCGCCCCGACUGCCGCGUGGAGGACACCUGCCUGCCCCCCUGCUGUGUGGUGAGCUGCACUCCCCCCACCUGCUGCCAGCUGCACCACGCCCAGGCCUCCUGCUGCCGCCCAUCCUACUGCGGCCAGUCCUGCUGCCGCCCUGCCUGCUGCUCCUACUGCUGCCAGCCCAGCUGCUGCCAGCCCACCUGCUGUGAGCCCACCUGUUAA